AUGGCUACCUGGGAACAUGAGCUCCGUGAAAUGUUUUCUCUUCAUGAUAAGGACAUGAGUGGAUUCAUCAGCAAAGAUGAUGUGAUCUGUAUGCUUCUUGGAGCCGAGAAGGAUGAUAAGAAGGACCCAGUGUUCAAGACCAACCUCAAGUUUCUUAUCCAAGUCAUUAAGGAGGCUGACAAGGAUGGAGACUCCAAGAUCACCUUCGAUGAAUUCAAGGAGUACAUCAACAAGGUUACUUCCUAA